UAGAUACACACACCUUUUCUACAUCUCGUUCUCUUCUAGAUAUUGGAGGACAUCAGCCACAACAAACAGACCAUCAAACAAGUUUGAGAACCACAGUAAGUUGAAGGAAUAUGUCAAAGCUGAUGCUUGCUUGCUGCAAGCUAUACAUAUCUGAAAGUCGGAACAGGGCUGCAUUGGAAUCAAUUGAAAGAGCAGCUAAGCUAUUCCCAGAAGCUGCUAUCAUCAAUAAGUUUGAAGAUGAGACUUACAAUAGAGUUGGUUACACCCUUGUCUCCAAAUUAGCUCCAAAGCCAUCUAGCAACUCAUGUCACUUGAAAAGUGCUGUGCUUGCCAUGGUUAAGGCAGCUUUUGAGACAAUUGACCUUGAGUUGCAUUGUGGAAGUCAUCCUCGACUUGGAGUUGUCGACCAUAUAUGCUUUCAUCCCCUAGCACUGACUUCGUUGGACCAAAUGGCUGAAAUUGCAAAGUCUUCAGCAGCUGAUAUUGGCUCUAGUAUGCAAGUCCCUACUUUUCUAUAUGGAGCUGCCAAUGAGGAUGGGAGGACGCUUGAUACAAUUAGAAGAGAGCUGGGUUAUUUCAAGCCUAACUCAAGUGGAACUCAAUGGAUUGGGGGUCCGAAACCAGAGUUCCUGCCACUGAAGCCAGAUGAGGGUCCUGCUCAAGUGACUCAAGAAAAAGGUGUUGUAGUAAUUGGAGCAACCCGGUGGGUUGAUAACUACAAUAUUCCCAUCUUCUCUACUGAUAUUUCUGUUGUUCGGAGAAUUGCAAAACAAGUAAGUGGGAGAGGAGGUGGACUUCCUUCAGUACAAGCCAUGGCACUAGCACAUGGUGAAGAUGUUACUGAGGUAGCUUGUAAUUUGCUGGAACCAAGUAAAGUUGGAGGAGAUAGAGUUCAGCAAGAAGUUGAGAGACUUGCAAGGGAAGAGAAUAUUGCUGUGGGGAAGGGAUAUUUCACUGAUCUUUCACAGGAAGAAAUAGUUGACAGAUAUUUAAAGUUUUAGGCAAAAAUAAAACAUUUUGUGUGUAAAAUUUUAUUAAAGGAUUUAUAAUGAAAGGUGAUACUCUUGUCUUGGAUGAUUUUUUAUACUAAUCAAGUGAUAUCUCUAAUUGUCCAUUA